CCUGUUUCAGAUCUUUUUUUGUCUUUGAAUAGCCCUUCAGCACCCUGGACAGUGGACGUUUAGUCUUUUUAAAAGAAAUGGGAUGGGUACUGAUCACAUAUUUAGGACUCUAAAAGGCAAGUUUGAAACUAUGACAGACUCAGUUUAGAGGAAUGUUUAGGAAGAUCAAUAAUGUUUUCCGUCCAAACCAUCACGGACACAGAGGGCGGGAUGCUGGUGGUGGGUUACAGACCGAGGAUUACCACAAAGCCUGCACAGUCAGGCUGGUCCGCAGCACCUCCAUGCUUGUGGUGGGAGAGAAAACUCAGACAGCAGGGGGCUCAACUUUAAAACGCAGCAAGAGUUCAGUGAGCAUCGAGUCGACUUUGUACUAUUAUCAGAGACAAGAGGACAGGAUAUGGCUGUACACACAGAAUCAGAACUGCCUCGAGUAUCUGGAGGCACUUGUGGCUCUGAGAAGGCAGUACACAAAGAGCGUGAGUGACUUGAAAAGCAACGACACCAAGGCAACGGUGUCUUCAAAGAAGAAACCCGCACCCCGACCUCCUCCUAAGAAGGAAGAACUGAUAUCAAGAGCCAAACCCUCGACUCCUCCAGUCAGCGUUGAGGAGGACACUUUGCAGUUCUUUGAUGAAGUCAUCGCCAGCUGUGACAAUGAACCUCAGCGCAAACCCUAUAUGGAUGAUGGUCACGCAGACGUGGAUUUUAUAGUGGCUUCCAGCUCUACUGAGCACGACCUCCACUCCAACUGGGUGUUGAGAGUUCCUCGAGUCGCAGAUGAUUCCAAACAGGGAGUGGUUCACGAAUGUGCCAAUCAAAGCGCCCCAAAGAAGAAAACCCAGAGCGGGUCCAUGAGCAGCAGACUGCGACUUCAGAGGAACCCAAUCCACCUGCCCAAAGUGGUGGAGAGCGCGUUCCAGACCCUGCGCUUCAAGCCCAAAUUAAAAAAGCAGUGAAGCCUGAUAAGACAUUUGAAUCUAGCAGCACUGCCACAAUGACAGACCUCAGCUUAAUUUGUUUGCUUGGAUAAACGUAUUUGAUGACUGAUGCCAUCACACUUAACACACAAGUGAAGAACAUUACAUGAAAACUCUGGCUGAUAAAUAUACAAGUGUUAACAUUUAAUCCUCUUUACUGAACUGAUAAUCAGACAGCAUAAACAAGGUCCAAGGCCCUGAAAAACUGAAGCAGCUACAAAAGUUUAACCAGCUUUUUUAUUUUUUAAAUGCUGUGAUAUCUCAUUGCCUCCAUAGAAAAAAGAAAGCCUUUUUUUUAGC